GCGAGGGGGCGAGGCCGCGCGGCGGAGGGGGCGGGCGGCGGCGGAGCGGCCCCUGGGGAUGGGGGUGCGCGCCCCUUCCCGCCCUGCCCCCGCUCCGAGAGGGAGUGGGACGCUCAUUUUGAGCGGGAGGAGGAAAAUGAGUGAUUGCUGAGCCCAUCCCUUGUGUUAUGUAAUCUCUGCUUGGUCUAAUAGUACAUCCUAAGCUUUAGUGCACUGUAGCUAGUUUACGAAGUCUCCUCCCUGGGCCCCCAAAUUUCUUUCGGGAUGGCGCCGUGAUUUAUAAAAUGAGAUGGGGCGGGGAAUCUUUAUUUUCUGGUGAUUAUGUCCUGCCGCGGUGGGCGCCAUGUUUAUCCCGGGGACUAUUUUCUCUAGAUUCUUGGCACCUUUUGCAGAGGAGUACUGUCAUUGAUCCACUUGCUUUACCUCUUUCUGCGUGUUGUUCUGAUUUCCUUCCUCUGCAGUUGUGGGAUUCCCUCAAACUACCAGUAGUACUGAACGUUUCUCGGCUUACUUGUGUUAGACAUUCUUAGUUCAGAGAAAGGUAGUGAGUGCUGAAGAGUCCUCAGAGUCAUUUGGUGGCCAGUCUCAUUUUCCAAAUGGAAAUUAAGAUACAGUUUUACCAUCUCAGAGUAGCUGCUGUUUUGGUGCAGGGGGUAGCCGGUCCCUCCAUGCUCGUAGACACAUCUCACCACAGCUCAAAACUCCACACAAAUGGGGUUUUGCUUUUUUUUUUUUUUAAACGGAGUUUCACUCUUGUCGCCCAGGCUGGAGUGCAGUUGCUCGAUCUCUGCCCACUGCACUCUCCGCCUCCCGGGUUCAAGUGAUUCUCCUGCCUGAGCCUCCCAAGUAGCUGGAAUUACAGGCAUGUGCCACCACGCCCGGCUAGUUUUUGUAUUUUUAGUAGAGACAGGGUUUCACCACGUAGGCCGGGCUGGUCUCGAACUCCUGACCUCAGGUGAUCCACCCGCCUUGGCCUCCCAAAGUUCUGGGAUUACAAGCGUGACCCACUGCGCCUGGCUGGGAUUUUACUUCUAUAGUAGUUUACCCUACUAGAUGAAAGGGAAACAGCGGGGGCAGGAUGAAUUUCGAGACCUCGUUGCUCAGGGUCUGAGAGCUUGAACUCUGAAUUUGAACUGUUAGCACACUCGUUCUCAAGUUCGGGGUGCAUAAAAAGUACCUUGAACAUUGUUAAAUGUACAGAUUGGAGGGGCCUCAUCCCCCAAGUUUAUUUGAAUGGGGCAGAGUGGGGAAUGUCAUCUCUACAUUUUAAAAUGAGUAGUCGUACAGUGGAGGCUGAUUAACCGCUACUUUGAGAAUUACUGGUCUAACAUAAAAGUGUUCAAAAUGUUGAAACAAUUAAAAGACACCUGUGCCCUUGAUUUCCUUCCCUUUUCCAGAGCUACGUUGGUGGAGUAUGUCAAACUAAAGGAGGUAACAGAAUAGACUCGGGACGAAUGUGAUUUUGUUAGAGUUUCCACUCCCAUCUUGAACUAGUGGUAUAAUCUAGGAAAGCAGUUCUCAAAAUGUGGACAGACGACCCGUGGUGAUCUCCUCGUACGCUUUCAGGGGAGCCUCAAGGUCAUAACUAUUUUUAAAAUGAUAGUAAGAUGAUUUUUUUUCAGACACACUGAUGGUUCAAAAGCAAUGCUGGAUAAAACUCUUGGUAGUACCUUAGCACAAAGCAAGUCAGUGGCACCAAACUACAUAGUUGAGAAUGCCCUUGAAGCAGUAAAGAUUAUUAUUAUUUUAUUUUAUUCAAUCUCCACUCACUGCAACCUCUGCCUACCGGGUGGUAUUUUUUGUUUUUUUGUUUUUUUGUUUUUUUAAGACGGCGUUUAGGCCGGGCGCGGUGGCUCACGCCUGUAAUCCCAGCACUUUGGGAGGCCGAGGCAAGUGGAUCACGAGGUCAAGAGAUCGAGACCAUCCUGGUCAACAUGGUGAAACCCCGUCUCUACUAAAAAUACAAAAAAUUAGCUGGGCAUAGUGGCGCGUGCCUGUAAUCCCAGCUACUCAGGAGGCUGAGGCAGGAGAAUUGCCUGAACCCAGGAGGCGGAGGUUGCGGUGAGCCGAGAUCGCGCCAUCGCACUCCAGCCUGGGUAACAAGAGCGAAACUCCAUCUCAAUUAAAAAAAAAAAAAAAGACGGCGUUUCACCAUAUUGGUCAGGCUGGUCUCUAACUCUUGGCUUCAGGUGAUCUACCCACCUCGGCCUCCCAAAGUGCUGGGAUUACAAGUAUGAGCUACCGUGCCUGGCCUACUAUUAUUAAAUCUUAGUUUGUGACUGCAUGUCUUUUCAAUUUUUAAGAAUUUGUGAUGAAAUAAGAAACAUGGAUAAGGCAUUUGUGCUGCCUAUGGAGGUGUGAUUGUUGUCACGAGAGAGGCAUUUGUGAGAUUGGGUUGUGAGUGGCUUAUUUCAUGGAGUAGCAUUUUUAGUUGAAAGAAUGGCAAACUGGUUUUUCACACUUCGUAUUUGGCAGAUAUUUCUUGAAAAUGAAGUGAGCUUGUCACUGUUAAGAAAGCAAUUGACAGUAUUUGUUACCAGUGAUCAAAUUUGGAUGAAAAUUAGAAUGUUUAAAAAGUUCACAGCUGGAGUUUGACAGCUUCCUAGUACUUAAAAGACUUUUCUUAUGCUUUCAGUGGUUAAGGACUGUAAUUUUUUAAAAUCUUGUAUAAUGAAAUGUGUCAUUUGGAAGAUGGGCAUAACUCUGUAACCCUGUAUUUUGCAAAUGACCAAUGCAUGAUGUUUCAAAAUUAUGCGAAGGUAAAAGAUCCUUUAAAAUUACCAGAUACAGCAAUGGAUUUUUAACAGUAAACAAGUAGAUUGAUAUGGUUUCCGAUUACGAAAUUUUACCAUCCUUUAAGAAACUACUAUUUGACCCAGCGUGGGUGGCUCCCUACUGUAAUCCCAGCACUCUGGAAGGCGGAGAUAGAAGGAUCAUUUGAGCCCAGGAGUUUGAGCCCAGCUUGGUAAACAUAGUGAGACCCUGUCUGUAUUUAUUUAAAAAAAAAAAGAAAGAGACUACCAUUUAUUGACUUUUAGUAUUUACCACUAUCCACAGUUAUCUGAAAAGGUUAUUAAAAUGCCUCUCCCUUUUUUGACUAGAUUUUCAUUAUAUUCUUAAGCAAAACAACAUACAGUAACAGACUGAAUGUGGAAGUAGCAGUGAGGAUCUAACCAUCUUCUAUUAAGUUAGACAUAAAAGAGAUCUGCAAAGAUUCAGAACAACUUUACUUUUCUCACUUUUUGGAAGGGAGGUAUUAUUUUGUUGAAAAUGUUUAUAUUAACUUGUAGUGGGGCUUGUAUUAAAAUACAUUGAUAAAUAAUAAAAUUUAAAAAUUUUGAAUGUGGUGAAUGUGGAAAGAUAAAAUUCAUGUAAACAAAAGAUCUUUGGUGUCUUCAGUAAUUUUAAGAGUCCAAAAAAUGAGAAUCAUUCGGUCAGUCCUGUGUUUCUUCUUUUUAGAUCAUUCAAAUCUAACUCCCUUUGGGAAUUUUGGGGAAAUUUAUAAGUAGUCAAAGUUGAUGGAAGAAGCAGUGACUUGGGGAAGAGUUCUAGAGCAAAAAAAGCUUAAUUUCAGGCCGGGCGCUGUGGCUCACGCCUGUAAUCCUAGCACUUUGGGAGGCCAAGGUGGGUGGAUCACCUGAGGUCAGGAGUUUAAGACCAGCCUGGCCAUCAUGGUGAAACUCCAUCCUAAAACGAAACAAUACAAAACAAAAAAGCUUAAUUUCAAUCCUAACUGGUAUAUUUACUAACUGUAGCCUUGAGGAAGUUCUCUCUAAACCGGUGUUUUGACCGUAUCUGUAAAUCACAAAUUUUAGAGCUGGUUGUUUACAAACCCUAGAGCUGGUGGAUGCCUUUGUCAUAAUAUCAAUAUGGUAACAUUUUGAUAGAUUCUUUGGUAUUCUUUUUAUAAUAUUAAGCUAUAUCCAUAAAUACAUAUAUAUAUUUUUUGGGGGGGGCGGGGUGGAGUCUCACUCUGUCACUUAGGCUGGAGUAUAGUGGUGUGAUCUCGGCUCACUGCAACCUCUGCCUCCCAGGUUCAAGCAAUUCUCCUGCCUCAGCCUCUCAGUUAGCUGGGAUUACAGGCGUGUGCCACCAUGCCUGGCUAAUUUUUGUAUUUUUAAUAGAGACGGGGUUUUACCAUGUUGGUCAGCCUCAUCUUGAACUCCAGACCUCAGGUAAUCCACGUGCCUUGGCCCCCCAAAGUGCUGGGAUUACAGGUGUCAGCCACUGCUCCUGGCUGAAAACAUAUAUAUAUUAAUAUAUAUAUACACACACACACAUAUAUAUUUAUACACAUACACACACACAUAUAUUUUGUGUGUGUGUGUGUGUGUGUGUGAUAGAGUCUUGCUCUGUUGCCCAGGCUGGAGUGCAGUGGUGGCAAUCUUGGCUCACUGCACCCUCCGCCUCCCAGGUUCAAGGGAUUCUCCUGCGUCGGCCUCCUGAGUAGCUGAGAUUAUGCUACCACACCUGGAUAAUUUUUGUAUUUUUUUAGAGACAGGGUUUCACCAUGUUGGUCGGGUUGGUCUUGAACUCCUGACCUCUUGAUCCACCCACCUCGGCUUCCCAAAGUGUUGGGAUUGCAGGCGUGAGACACUGUGCCUGGCUGAAAAACAUUUUUAUAUGUAACCAAGGGGAGGAGAGCAGAAGGGAGACACUAACCUAUUGCUAGGUUUUAGCAGAGUUAAAAGAAAUUGAGAGCAUAGAAUUGGAAUUUAGACAACACACAACUGUCAUUGAAGAAAAGUUUUCCAUUACAGUAGGCACUUUUCUUGGGAAAGGGCCACCUGAAUAUUGAACCCUUUUAAAAGAGAGAACUUGUUGCUUGCUUUAGUUGUUUUAGUAAAGAGCACAGAACGAAUAUUUGGGUGCUUUCUGAUAACAGGAUUUGUUGCCAAACAAGAGGAAAAUAUUUUGAGUUUGGAAAUGGUAGGUUAUUAAGACUAUUUAAAACCCAUAUGAUUUUUUUUUUGUUUUGAGACAGAGUCUCGCUCCGUCGCCAGGCUGAAGUGCAGUGGUGCGACCUUGGCUCACUGCAACCUCUGCCUCCCGGGUUCAAGCAGUUCUCCUGCCUCAGCCUCCCUAGUAGCUGGGACUACAGGCUUGCAUCGCCAUGCCCAGCUAAUUUUUGUAUUUUUAGUAGAGACGGGGUUUCAUCAUGUUGACCAGGAUGGUCUCGAUCUCUUGACCUCAUGAUCCACCUGCCUCGGCCUCCCUUUCUUUUAUUUAAAAAAGUUUUUUAGAGAGAUUGGUUCUUACUGUUUCCCAGACUGUUCUCGAACUCCUGACUUUUUAAGGAAUCCUACCAUGUUGGUCUACCAGAGCUGGGAUUACAGGUGUGAGCCACCAAGCCUGGCCAACAGUGACUUUUUUUUUUUUUGAGACGGAGUUUCGCUCUUAUAACCCAGGCUGGAGUGCAAUGGCGCGAUCUCGGCUCACUGCAACCUCCACCUCCUGGGUUCCGGCAAUUCUGCCUCAGCCUCCUGAGCAGCUGGGAUUACAGGCACAUGCCACCAUGCCCAGCUAAUUUUUUUUUUUUUGUAUUUUUAGUAGAGACAGGGUUUCACCAUGUUGACCAGGAUGGUCUUGAUCUCUUGACCUCGUGAUCCACCCACCUCGGCCUCCCAAAGUGCUGGGAUUACAGGUGUGAGCCACAGCGCCCGGCCCUAAUUUUUAUGUAUUUUUUAGUAGAGACGGGGUUUCACCCUUUUAGCCAGACUGGUCUCAAAUUUCUAACCUCAAGUGAUGCACCCACCUCGGCCUCCCAAAGUGCUGAGGUUACAAGCAUGAGCCGUUGCACCCAGCCUGGACUAUUUUUUUUUUUAUUUAAACAUAUUACGAUCAUAACUGGCUUUUGAGAUAUAGAGGUACUGCUGUAACUUUUAAGUUCAAGCAUAAAUAAGAUUUUGAGGAAGAAUAUAGAAAUAGGUUUGCAUUUUGUCAUUAUGAUUCACUGCCCUCUGCAAAAAUGACUUUGAAGUUGAAGAAGGAAGAAGAGUUUAUGUAGCAAAGGUAACCUGUAGGGGAAUUGUAAAGGGGCCACCACUAGAAAAACUUAGAACUGGAGAGACUGGGCACAGUUGCCCAUGCGUGUAAAUCCCAGCACUUUGAGAGGCCAAGGCAAGCAGAUCGCUUGAGUCUGGGAGUUCAAGACCAGCCCGGGCAGUAUGGCAAACUUUAUUAUCUCUGUAGAAAAUACAAAAAUUAACCAGGUGUGGUCGCAUAUACCUGUAGUCCCAGCUACUUGGGAGACUGCGGCAGGAGGAUUGCUUGAGCCCAGGAGGUCGAGGCUGCAGUGAGCUGAGAUCAUGCCACUGCACUCCAGCCCAGGUGACAGAAAGACCCUGUUGGGGAAAAAAAAAAUUUUUUUUCUUUUUUAACUUAGAACUGGGGAUUAGACAAUUAUUUUCACAAAAAUUAUUCACCAGCCAAUACAGAUACUGGCAAACAACCAUAAAACCAUAAUUUUACAGAGUAAACAUCAUGAUGCUCUUGUUUUAUGUACUGGGGUAAGAACAAGAGUGGUCUAAAAGUUGUUGGAUGAAUAAGAAGAUAAAAUCAAGUUUCUGGCUGGGUGAGAUGGCUCACACCUAUAAUCCUAGCACUUUGGGAGGCCGAGGGAGAUGGAUCACCUGAGGUCAGGAGUUCGAGAUCAGCCUGACCAAUGUGGUGAAACCCCUUCUUUACUAAAAAUGCAAAAAUUAGCUGAGUGUGGUGGCAGGUGCCUGUAAUCCCAGGUACUCGGGAGCCUGAGGCAGGAGAAUGGCUUGAACCCAGGAGGCUGAGAUUUCGGUGAGCUGAGAUCGUGCCAUUGCACUGUAGCCUGGGUGACAGAGCGGACAGCAAGACUCUGUCUACAAAAAAAAAAAAAAAAAAAGGCCAGGAGUAGUGGCUCAUGCCUGUAAUCCAAGCACUUUGGAGGCCAAGGUGGGUGGAUCACCUGAGGUUGGGAGUUUGAGACCAGCCUGACCAACAUGAUGAAACCCUGUUUAAAAAUAAAUAAAUACACACACACACAGAGAGAGAGAGAGGGAGAGAAAAUUAGCUGGGUGUAGUGCGCAUGUCUGUAAUCCCAGCUAUUUGGGAAGCUGAGGCAGGAGAAUUGGUUGAACCAAAGAGACAGAGGUUUCAGUGAGCCGAGGUUGUGCCAUUGCACUCCAGCCUGGGCAACAAGAGCAAAACUCCGUCUCAAAAAAAACCAAUAUAACCAUUUGUAUAAUUCAUAAGGGCCUUGUUCUGUUCUGUUGCAGAGAGGACAAAUAUUUUUAAAAAGAAAUUAUAGUUCUUUAUAGAAUGUAGGAAGAUUUUUUUUUUUAAAUUGUCCUCGUUUUCAGAACAUGUAUUCAGUUUGAUUAGUGAUUUUCAGUCUUGGCACUAUUGACAUAGGGUAGGAUAGUCUCCAGGCUAUUCUGUGCAUUGUAAGAUUUUUUUUUUUUUUUUUUUUUGAGACGGAGUUUCACUCUUGUUACCCAGGCUGGAGUGCAAUGGCGCGAUCUCAGCUCACCGCAACCUCCACCUCCUGGGUUCAGGCAAUUCUCCUGUCUCAGCCUCCUGAGUAGCUGCGAUUACAGGCACACGCCACCAUGCCCAGCUAAUCUUUUAUAUUUUUAGUAGAGACAGGGUUUCACCUUGUUGACCAGGAUGGUCUCGAUCUCUUGAACUCGUGAUCCACCCACCUCGGCCUCCCAAAUUGCUGGGAUUACAGGCUUGAGCCACCGCGCCCAGCCGAUUUUUUUUUUUUUUUUUUGAGACAGAGUCUCACAGUGUUGCCCAGGCUGGAGUGCAGUGGCACCAUCUCGGCUCACUGCAACCUCUGCCUCCCAGGUUCGAGCAAUUCUCCUUGCCUCAGCCUCCCAAGUAGUUGGGAUUACAGGUGCCCACCACUACUCGCAGCUAAUUUUUGUAUUUUUAGUAGAGACAGGGUUUCACCACGUUGGCCAGGCUGGUUUUGAACUCCUGAUCUCAUGAUCCACCUGCCUCGGCCUUCCAGAGUCCUGGGAUUACAGGGUGAGCCACUGCACCCAGCCUGUAGGAUGUUUUGUAGCACUCCUGGCCACUACCCACUAGAUACUCCAGUAGCACCCUUCCUCACUCCCACCCCAAUUGUGACUACCAAAAAUGUUUCUAGACAUUGCCAAAGGCCCUCCGGGGAAGGGGGCAAGCUUGACCCUUGAUGAAAUUAAUUAUCAUGUAUGAAGACUCUUUUAUUAUUUAUUUAUGUCUUUUAUUAACUGUAUUUCCUUUUAUGUAAGCUAUGUACAGCAAUUGAAGGAGUCUCUUCUGCAGGUGUAGUGCAUAGCUUGGGCUGUGCCUGAUACAUGUUGGAGAACACUGGAAAGUGAUGAAAUAUUUUAGCAGUACUGGGAAUUUUAUUGAAGGCUAGAAAUGAGCUCAUUUUAAAAGUAACAGUAAAGGUGUAGGCUUUCUGCUGUAUCUAAAUCUGUUUCCCCCCUCUGCUGCCCCCCAUGUACAUUUGCUUGAAAAAGAUCCUUACUAGCUUAGGAAUAGUUGAGAAUUUUGUUUAAUAUAUUUGACAUGAUCUGCCUGUAUCCUGUGUUCAAGAAAAGAUAGUUUUGUUUUUGAGACAGUGUCUUGCCCUAAUGCCCAGGCUGGAGUGCAGUGGCACAAUCACAGCUCACUUCAGCCUCCACCUCCCAGACUCAAGAGAUUCUCCCACCUCAGCCUGUUGAGUGGCUGGAUCUACAGAUGUACAUGCCACCAACACCCUGCUAAUUUUUAUAUUUUUUGUAGAGGUGGGAUGUUACCAAGUUGCCCAGGCUGGUCUUGAACCUCUCAGCUCAAGCAGUUUGGGCUCAAGCAGUUCUCCCACCUUAGCUUCCUGACGUGCUGGAAUUAUAGGCAAAGAAAAGAUAGUCUUGAAAAGUUACUUGUUAAAAGGCUUGUUUGGAUGUGUUCUCUUUGUUAACCUUAGAUUAUAUUGUUCUUAAAUUUUAUCUUUUUACAGUAAUUUUUUUAAAAUUGUAAUAGAAACAAGGUUUCUCUGUGUUGUACAAGCCGGUCUCGAACUCCUGAACUCAGGUGAUCCUCUAGCCUCAGCCUCCCAAAGUACUAGGAUUACAGCAUGGCGGACACCGAUCUGUUCAUGGAAUGUGAGGAGGAGGAGUUGGAGCCAUGGCAGAAAAUCAGUGAUGUCAUUGAGGACUCUGUAGUUGAAGAUUAUAAUUCAGUGGAUAAAACUACCACAGUUUCUGUGAGCCAGCAGCCAGUCUCGGCUCCAGUGCCCAUCGCUGCCCAUGCUUCUGUUGCUGGGCACCUCUCUACAUCCACCACCGUUAGUAGCAGCGGGGCACAGAACAGCGACAGUACAAAGAAGACUCUUGUCACACUAAUUGCCAACAACAAUGCUGGCAACCCUCUGGUCCAGCAAGGUGGACAGCCGCUCAUCCUGACCCAGAAUCCAGCCCCAGGUCUGGGCACAAUGGUUACUCAACCAGUAUUGAGACCUGUUCAGGUCAUGCAGAAUGCCAAUCAUGUGACUAGUUCCCCUGUGGCUUCACAACCAAUAUUUAUCACUACGCAGGGAUUUCCUGUAAGGAAUGUCCGGCCUGUACAAAAUGCAAUGAAUCAGGUUGGGAUUGUGCUGAACGUACAGCAAGGCCAAACAGUUAGACCAAUUACACUAGUCCCAGCCCCAGGUACCCAGUUUGUUAAGCCGACAGUUGGAGUUCCACAAGUGUUCUCUCAGAUGACCCCUGUGAGGCCAGGCUCCACAUUACCUGUGAGGCCCACCACCAACACCUUCACCACCGUCAUCCCGGCCACUCUCACCAUUCGAAGCACCGUUCCACAGUCCCAGUCCCAGCAGACCAAGUCCACUCCCAGCACUUCCACCACUCCCACUGCCACACAGCCAACCUCACUGGGGCAACUAGCUGUUCAGUCUCCAGGCCAGUCAAACCAGACCACGAAUCCCAAGCUAGCUCCCUCCUUCCCCUCUCCACCUGCAGUGAGCAUUGCCAGCUUUGUCACUGUGAAGCGACCUGGUGUUACAGGUGAAAAUAGCAAUGAAGUGGCCAAAUUGGUGAAUACCCUUAACACCAUCCCUUCCUUGGGCCAGAGUCCUGGGCCAGUGGUGGUAUCCAACAACAGCUCUGCUCAUGGCUCUCAAAGAACCAGCGGACCUGAAUCUUCAAUGAAAGUGACCUCUUCCAUACCAGUAUUUGACCUCCAGGAUGGUGGACGGAAAAUAUGUCCACGAUGUAAUGCUCAAUUUCGUGUUACUGAAGCUUUGAGAGGUCACAUGUGUUACUGUUGCCCAGAAAUGGUUGAAUACCAGAAGAAAGGAAAGUCCCUGGAUUCAGAACCCAGUGUCCCAUCAGCAGCAAAGCCCCCAUCCCCUGAGAAAACAGCUCCUGUUGCUUCCACACCCUCUUCUACACCUAUUCCUGCUCUGUCACCACCUACCAAAGUACCAGAGCCAAAUGAGAACGUGGGUGAUGCCGUCCAGACCAAACUCAUUAUGCUUGUAGAUGACUUCUACUAUGGACGGGAUGGUGGCAAAGUAGCCCAGCUCACAAAUUUCCCUAAGGUCGCCACAUCUUUCCGAUGCCCACAUUGUACCAAAAGACUAAAAAACAAUAUUCGAUUCAUGAACCAUAUGAAACACCACGUAGAACUCGAUCAGCAGAACGGCGAGGUAGAUGGUCACACUAUCUGCCAGCACUGUUACCGCCAGUUUUCCACUCCCUUCCAGCUUCAGUGCCACUUGGAAAAUGUUCAUAGUCCCUAUGAAUCUACUACCAAGUGCAAGAUCUGUGAGUGGGCGUUUGAAAGUGAGCCACUGUUUCUCCAGCAUAUGAAGGAUACUCAUAAGCCUGGGGAGAUGCCUUAUGUUUGCCAGGUGUGUCAAUACCGCUCCUCACUCUACUCUGAGGUAGAUGUCCAUUUUCGGAUGAUCCAUGAGGAUACCCGGCAUCUGCUCUGCCCUUAUUGCCUGAAGGUCUUCAAAAAUGGCAAUGCAUUCCAACAGCAUUACAUGAGGCACCAGAAGAGAAACGUUUAUCACUGCAACAAAUGCCGGCUGCAGUUUCUCUUUGCCAAGGACAAAAUUGAACACAAGCUUCAACACCAUAAAACCUUCCGUAAACCCAAGCAGCUGGAGGGCUUGAAACCAGGCACCAAGGUGACAAUCCGGGCUUCCCGAGGGCAGCCACGAACUGUUCCUGUAUCCUCUAAUGAUACACCUCCCAGCGCCUUGCAGGAGGCAGCACCACUGGCCUCCUCAACGGACCCUCUGCCUGUCUUCCUUUAUCCCCCUGUCCAGCGCAGCAUCCAGAAGAGAGCUGUUAGGAAAAUGAGUGUCAUGGGCCGGCAGACAUGCCUGGAGUGCAGCUUCGAGAUUCCAGACUUCCCUAAUCAUUUCCCUACUUAUGUGCACUGCUCUCUGUGUCGCUAUAGCACCUGCUGCUCUCGAGCUUAUGCCAACCACAUGAUCAACAAUCAUGUUCCACGGAAAAGCCCCAAGUAUUUGGCUUUGUUUAAAAAUUCUGUGAGUGGAACCAAGCUGGCCUGCACUUCGUGUGCCUUUGUUACCUCUGUGGGCGAUGCUAUGGCCAAGCAUUUGGUAUUCAACCCCUCUCACAGAUCCAGCAGCAUCCUGCCACGGGGACUCACUUGGAUAGCUCACUCAAGGCACGGCCAGACUCGUGACCGAGUGCAUGACCGGAACGUGAAGAAUAUGCACCCUCCUCCUUCCUUCCCCACUAACAAAGCUGCUGCUGUGAAGUCUGCGGGGGCCACCCCAGCCGAGCCUGAAGAGCCACCAACUCCACUGGCCCCAGCACUCCCAUCACCAGCCUCAACUGCAACCCCACCACCAACCCCGACUCACCCACAGCCUUCAGCCCUUCCACCCUUGGCUACAGAGGGAGCCGAAUGUCUGAAUGUUGAUGAUCAGGAUGAAGGGAGCCUAGUCACCCAGGAACCUGAGCCAGCAUCAGGCGGCGGUGGUAGUGGUGGAGUUGGCAAAAAGGAGCAGCUGUCUGUGAAGAAGCUUCGAGUAGUACUGUUUGCUCUAUGCUGCAAUACAGAACAGGCAGCUGAACACUUCCGAAAUCCCCAGCGACGGAUUCGGCGUUGGCUUCGACGUUUCCAGGCCUCCCAGGCGGAGAAUCUAGAGGGCAAAUAUCUGAGCUUUGAGGCAGAAGAGAAACUGGCUGAGUGGGUGCUAACUCAGCGAGAGCAACAGCUACCUGUAAACGAGGAGACCUUGUUCCAGAAGGCCACCAAGAUAGGACGUUCUUUGGAAGGGGGGUUUAAGAUCUCCUAUGAGUGGGCUGUGCGUUUCAUGCUGCGGCACCACCUGACUCCCCAUGCCCGGCGAGCUGUGGCCCACAGCCUACCUAAGGAUGUGGCAGAGAAUGCAGGACUCUUCAUUGAAUUUGUGCAACGGCAGAUUCACAACCAGGACUUACCCUUGUCUAUGAUUGUGGCUAUUGAUGAGAUUUCCUUGUUCCUGGAUACAGAGGUGCUGAGCAGUGAUGACCGAAAGGAGAAUGCCCUGCAGACAGUGGGCACAGGGGAACCUUGGUGUGAUGUAGUCCUGGCCAUUCUGGCAGACGGCACUGUCCUGCCCACCCUGGUUUUCUACAGAGGGCAGAUGGAUCAGCCUGCUAAUGUGCCAGACUCCAUUUUGCUAGAGGCAAAGGAGAGUGGUUACAGUGAUGAUGAGAUCAUGGAGCUGUGGUCAACUCGAGUGUGGCAGAAGCACACGGCUUGCCAGCGCAGCAAAGGCAUGCUUGUGAUGGACUGUCAUCGUGCUCACUUGUCAGAAGAGGUGCUGGCUAUCCUUAGUGCCUCUAGCACUUUGCCUGCAGUGGUCCCAGCAGGCUGUAGCUCUAAAAUCCAGCCAUUAGAUGUAUGCAUCAAAAGAACUGUCAAGAACUUCCUGCAUAAAAAGUGGAAGGAGCAGGCUCGGGAAAUGGCAGAUACUGCAUGUGAUUCUGAUGUCCUGCUUCAGCUGGUGCUUGUCUGGCUGGGUGAAGUGCUAGGUGUCAUUGGGGACUGUCCAGAGCUAGUUCAGCGCUCCUUCCUGGUGGCUAGUGUUCUUCCUGGCCCUGAUGGCAACAUUAACUCACCUACAAGAAAUGCUGACAUGCAGGAGGAGUUAAUUGCCUCCCUAGAGGAGCAGCUGAAGCUGAGUGGGGAACAUUCUGAGUCUUCCACUCCACGACCCAGAUCAUCUCCUGAAGAGACAAUUGAGCCUGAAAGCCUUCACCAGCUCUUUGAGGGUGAAAGUGAGACCGAGUCUUUCUAUGGCUUUGAAGAAGCUGACCUAGAUCUGAUGGAGAUUUGAGUGUUGGGUCAUGACGGGGUGUGAAGUAGGGGUGGGAACGUGUGAGGGAGGGUAAAGGGGUUUUGGGAAAAGGGGGCAUACCAGGUGGGGUAUUUGGUUUAUAUUUUAUAAUUUUACACCACCACUCGCCCCUGACAUUGACUUACACUUCCCUGUGGAUUUGUUAAUUAGGAAAACCAAUAGUGAUCACGUCUGAGCCAAGGAGCUGGCCCAUUGGUCAUUUACUUCUGCUAAAAACAGGUUUUUGUGACUUUUUUUUUUAAAUUUAAAUCACUGUGUUUGGUAUUUUUCUGACAAAAUUAAGAAAAAGAAAAAAAAAAUUAUUUGUGGGCGAAUGUUCAAUUUUUUUGUUUCCCCUUUUACCUCAAUUGUAUCAUAGUACUUCUGGGUUUUUUUGUUUGUUUUACUGUGUGGCCGAUGUCUUUGGGCAUGAUGCUAUCUAAUCAUUGUCAAUGUGAGAACAUUUCUGAAGAUGGGAAAGACAAAUUAUGUAGCUCACAAACUGGUUUAUUAUAUAUAUGGAUAAAAAACUUUUUUCAUUGUGGUCUUAACACUUUUAUAUAAAAAUGAAAAUGGAAAAAAAAAAAUCCCACUGAACUCUCUUCUCCUUUUCUUUCCUUCCCUCUCCAGAGAUGUUGGUUUCUACAGCAACCCUAGAUAGAAAAUUGUGGCUUUAAAAAUGCAUGAAACCACAUUUAAUUAUCCAGAAUGACUAGAUUUGUCUUUUCCUCACCACCCUCCCUCCAAAACAUGACAUAAACAAUAUUUUUUGCACUUGUGAUCCUUAGCCCCUUCCCCCAUUCUCACACCAUCCAUCACUCUGGACAGAGGAUCAUACAGGUGUUAUUAACAAGAGGUACUGAGGGUGAUCCAACAGAUUUAGGGUGGCAGCCAUUCCCAGUUCGAGUGUUCAUCCUGCCAGCCCCCAGGGGCAGUCCCUGCUUUAUUGUACUUCAUCCUGUCAAAUGGAGAGCAUGCUUAUCGAAGGGAUCACUGGGCCUACAGCCACGAGCUAAUUGUUCAAGAAGUUAAGUGUUGAGCUUUAGAAAGACAAGACCCUUUGUUGAAAUCCAGUGUACUCUGUGGCUUUUCCCCUACUUCUCUUCAUGCUUAGAGAAGGAUCUAACAGGAAGAAGCUGCACACAGGGAUGCGCACAAAUGACAUGAAUCUUUACUUUUCACUGCCAGCAUCAAGGAAAGAAAAUUUUCUACAGUUUGCAUGAGGGAUUUUUUUUAUUGUAUGUACUCAUGGUUAUAAACCAAAAUGUACUGUACCAUACAGAGAAAAGGAGCAAAAAACCAAGUCUUCUGUUUAUCCUGAGGCUUUCAGCAUUGUUCCCCUCCUGUGAGCCAAGGAGGCAACCUGCACAAGCUUGUAAAUGGUUCGUCUUUAAAAUGUACAUAAGUGGAACAUUUAAUAAAAUGAGGGGAAAUGGAUUUAUAAACUUGUUUUUUUUCUAGGUGACCCUGUUUAAUAGGCUUUCACAGACGGGGAUGCUCAAGAUGUGAUGGGCCUGGUGGUGCAGGUGUGACAUUUGUUACCACCCAUUUCUCCCACCCCACCCUGCUUUUUUUGUUUUUCGCUCCCCUCCACCGCCGCGCCCCCCCCCCCCCCCAGCACACUAUAAUAUAGUGAACUGGAAAUGUCCCUUCCAGAAGCAACUUGGCCAGCUUUGUGAAUCCCUGACAUCUGAAAACCACCGAGGAUCCAUCUGGGCUUCUCUUCCCCAGCUUUUUGCCUGAUGCCAUUUUAUCGACAGACUGUGGACUUUGAAGUCAGCCUUUGCCUUUGAGAAAGUUCAAGAACUAUGAUUUGGUCAAUUCUAUCUACAACAACCUAAUCCUACCCUUUGGUAGUCUCCGCAGCAGCCACAGCCUUAGCAGAGCUGGGGUUCCUGUCCUCUGCACACGAUUGACUUUCUUGAUGGGUAAUUUUUUUUAAGAUCUUAACAGUGGAUCAGCUGGGUUUUGGCCAGGAAGUUGUCUUUGUGGACUCUGCCUGCAUGGCUUAGUAGUAGAAGGAAACUUUUUUUUUUGUUUUUUAUAAUUCAGUUUAAUCAAUAAACAUGUAUUUAUUGACUAUU